GUCAGUCGACGGUCUGCCGGCGAGUAGCGCGGACGCGUCGUCGUGACAUCCCGCGGCUGAGCGAGAAGUGUGUAAUCGCUUGGCGAGCCGUUGGCGAGAGGAAAGAGAGAUUUCUCCCCGCGCGCGCAUCGUCGUCGGUGCUACGGCUUGACGCGCACGGACAUCUCUCCCCCGUCCCGCUUCGCCCACCCCUCUCCAUCUCGUCUCGUGUCGUCGUCGUCGCCGCCGCCGCUGCCGUCCCGGUGUUCGAGCAGCGCCGCGGCGGUUCCCCUCUAUUGAUCGAAUUUGACCUGCGAAGUUUCCCCUAGCGCGUGUGUGCAGUACAGUGGCGGCCGGCAGUGGCUCUCGCGCUCGCGUUCCCGAGUGGUGCGGUUAAAUAAUCGUGAAUAGCCUCGGUAUGGCCGUGCCAGCGGCUUGCACGCGGUUCAGUGACAACUACGACUUGAAGGAGGAACUCGGCAAAGGUGCCUUCUCCGUGGUUCGACGAUGCGUGCAAAAGAGCACCGGGCAUGAAUUUGCGGCAAAGAUCAUAAACACCAAAAAGCUUUCAAACAGAGAUUUUCAAAAGCUUGAGCGUGAAGCACGGAUAUGUAGAAAACUUCAACACCCAAAUAUCGUGAGAUUGCACGACAGCAUACAGGAAGAGAAUUUUCAUUAUCUCGUCUUUGACCUAGUCACCGGCGGAGAACUGUUCGAGGACAUCGUUGCGAGGGAGUUCUACAGCGAGGCCGACGCCUCGCACUGUAUUCAACAAAUCCUCGAAAGCGUACACCAUUGCCAUCACAACGGAGUUGUGCACCGGGAUCUGAAACCCGAAAAUCUGCUCCUCGCGAGCAAAGCGAAAGGGGCGGCUGUAAAACUGGCAGACUUCGGGCUGGCGAUCGAAGUACAGGGUGAAGCCCAGGCAUGGUAUGGUUUCGCUGGAACGCCCGGCUACCUCAGUCCGGAAGUGUUGAAGAAAGAGCCGUACGGGAAACCGGUCGACAUCUGGGCGUGCGGUGUCAUCUUGUACAUCCUCCUCGUCGGCUACCCGCCAUUCUGGGACGAGGAUCAGCAUCGGCUUUACGCGCAGAUCAAGGCCGGAUCGUACGACUACCCGAGUCCAGAAUGGGACACCGUCACACCCGAAGCCAAAAACCUUAUCAAUCAGAUGCUGACGGUGAAUCCAGGAAAGAGGAUCACUGCUAGCGAAGCACUGAAGCAUCCAUGGAUCUGCCAACGUGAGCGUGUCGCAUCCGUGGUGCACAGACAAGAGACCGUGGACUGCUUGAAGAAAUUCAACGCAAGGCGCAAGUUAAAGGGCGCUAUACUGACGACCAUGUUGGCGACGCGGAACUUUUCCAGUAAGUAUGAUGCACAGGGUCGAAGCAUCAUAACGAAGAAGGGCGAUGGCUCUCAAGUGAAGGAAUCCACCGAUAGCAGCACAACGAUUGAAGACGAUGACGUUAAAGAGGAUAAGAAGGGCGGCGUCGACCGGAGCAGCACGGUCAUUGCCAAAGAACCCGAAGCUCUUGGCUCGUUGCAAGGUACACCUCCGAGCAGCCCCGCGACAAUGUCCGCCUUCUCCAAGGCGGUCGGCGCAGCCACGACCAUGCAAGCGAACAAGCAGGCCGGUACGGGCAACCCCCUCGGAAUAGCCGCGGUUCUUCUUCAAGGGACCCAAGAAAUAAGAAUCGUGUGUCCUAUCAAGACCUGCAGCCAGCUCUCGACCAACUCCCAGUGCUCAGCGCGCCGACAGGAAAUCAUCAAGAUGACCGAGCAAUUGAUCGAGAGCAUCAACACCGGAGAUUUCGAGGCGUACACGAAAAUCUGUGAUCCACACCUGACCGCGUUCGAGCCGGAGGCUCUAGGUAAUUUAGUCGAGGGAAUGGAUUUCCACAAAUUUUACUUUGAUAAUGCAGUCCUGGGGAAGAACUGUAAGGCCGUCAACACGACGAUCCUGAACCCUCACGUUCACCUGCUCGGCGAGGACGCCGCAUGCAUCGCGUACGUCAGGCUGACGCAAUACAUGGACAAACAAGGCGUAGCGCACACACAACAAAGUGAAGAAAGCCGCGUGUGGCACAAGAGGGACAACAAGUGGCAAAAUGUUCACUUUCAUCGAAGCGCGGUGACAGGCCCGUCGCCGUUCUCCUUCAAUCAUAAAUAAAUCGGCCGAGGUCCGGCCAGCUGCUCUCGGUGGACGCUCGUCAUCCCCGAUCGAGCGCGUACGAACGAACGUUAGGAACACGGAGCACACGAGCGAUACGAUCACACACACACAAGUAUACAUACACAUGUACAGAUGUACGUAGAGAAAAGCGGAGUUACGAAGAAAAUACACAACGACAUAGAACGUGGUGUCCGAGAGAGAAGAAACGUUGAAAAGUAACACGAAUACACACACCCCCCCCCACACACAUACAGACACGUACACACUCUUAAAAUUGUAGCAACUAAGCGCGACAAAAACCAAAACCCGCUAGAUGCCGCAAUCGCCGGCACGUAUUAUUCGCUCCAGUACCUGCUCAGCGUACUUACCUACACUUUUACGCGUGCACCGCGCCACGUGUGCCUCAGCCUCGACGAGGGAACCACGCGAAAGCGGGAUCAUCGGAAGCGCGAAAGAAAGACGGGUCGUUUGGUCGUCGGCCGACCGAUCGGUCGGUUGUUCAACAAACCGAGGCAGACGGGCACGCUUGUCCGCUGUCGGCUAAAGCGAGGGAGGAGAGAGAGAGAGAGGAGGGAAAAGUAGAAAAAUCUCGUCGCAUACACGCAUCCUCCGAGCUCGCUUUCUCGCCGAUCGGAGCGAACGGAGCAUCGGGAUGCUGCGCCGAGGCUGCGAGGAAGAGAUCGGCUGAUGAUAUGACCGCCGCAAUGGCAAAUAUGAACGGGGCAAACGGAGGUCAACGAGAUGUCACGCUAGAUCGAUGAGAGAGAGGGGGAUAAUGGAACCGCGAGCGCGAGCAAACGCGACCGCUCGCCAUCGAUGCUGGACGUCGAUACGGGCGACAACGUCAUACCGGAGGAGACCGAUUGUCGCACGGUUAAUAACCGGGAGAGACGCAGGACUGGCGAGGUUGAAGUCGCGGAGUUGUAUUCACCGAGAGAGAGAGAGAGAGAGAGAUUAGAGUCCGAUUGUGUACACACCGUAAGACGGAAGCAGAACGCCGGUAACGAACCAUCGUCCUGACGAGAGUCCAGCAGAGAGAGAGAGAGAGUGGAAAUCGUAGAGACCAGUGGAGAAUAUUCCGAAACAAGGGUCAAACAAGGCACGCGAGGAAACGGCACAAGAAGCCUGGACACGUUCGUUUACUCCGUGACCGUUCGAUGAAUAUUUCAGAGGAAGAUCUGCCGGAUGACCUCGAGAAAGUCGGGGAAAAUGCGGUCUCGUGCGGGAUCGUUUCUCGUUGGCGCAGUCGAAGGAUUGACAGGAACGAAGGGACGCAGGAAGAGGAAGCCGGGGGAUCGAUCGAUGCCGGGCAUCGACACAGGGUCAGCGACAGCGGUUGAGAUGGAACGAGAGGAGGAGGAGAUGGUGGUAUCGAAGUGCCAGGGUGGGAGAGGAAGGAAAACGGAGGCGGCGCCACGGUGGUGGUGUGCGGGCGGCAGGGUGGAAAUCGAAAAGCUCUCACCGAGCGUGGCGAGCGAAGUGGAAAGAGAGCGGCGCGUCCGUACUUCGCACGUAGAGCAGGACGACAUUCUUCCAGGUGAUUCCUUUCUUCGGCUCUCACUCUCGUCUCUCGCGGCAACAGCGAGCCGCGCGAGAGAGUUGUAUCGGCGCGCAUCACCCGCAGCGAGAUGCGAGACCCGUUGUGGAUCGUUGCGUAAGAGAGACUCGUCUCGUUUUUAUUACUUCAUUAACGAUAAGACUUUAACUCGAAGUUAGGAUUCUCGUAUAGUUAGGUUCGCGCACUUUCGACGCCCUCGACCACCGACCCUGAUCUCUUCUUCGCUCAGAUGCGCGCGAAACGUACGUGCGUGGGGGGAGGCUCGAACGGAGAGAAAAAAAGGAAAAGGAGGAGGGUGGUGUGAAGGGGAACGGCGACGCGGACGUACUCUAAUAUCUCUUUCGGGGAAUCUGUGCAUUUUUACCUAGCGAUGUGUGCAAGAAAGUACUUCGAGCUUCGUACUAACGUAUAGCGUAAGUUUGAGAUAUUAUCUAAGCUUCGAUUGAUUCUAUAACGCGGUCUCUAUCGCGUUUCUAGCAGCGUCCGAGAUAUACGACUACCACCAGCACCACCACCGUCGCGAGAUAACUCGAUCAGGACCCUUUGUAAUGUUCCUUCCAAGUAUAGCGCGCGAACACCGCUGCGACCAUAAUAAAUUUAAGAGCCGACAAAAACUCAACUCGCGGUUGCAGUGUUCAGUAGAAGAGUCCAUCGCAUCUCGCUGCGGCAAAUAUCCCCCGCGCGCGCGCGCACAUACACACACAUACACACAGGCCCGUAGACACGAGUCCAAGCGUAUUACGCUUAUUAACGCAGGACAUGCGAUUGUUCAAAAGGAAGCGAUCUUUUACAUCGUAAGGAUGACCGACGAGCCGCGACGGACGCCGCCGCCCGUACGGUGGGCGAACACGUACAGACACAUAGACAUAAAUCCACCAUACUCUCCAGCCCCCUUAUUUCAUUUGUCAGUCGAUCUCGCAUCCCCGAGUGCACGUAGGUGAACACGAUUCAACGAGAGGAAAUACCGUAGGGCAAAACCUUCCCCCUCUCUGAUAGGGAUCAGAGCAAGAAAGAGGGAAAAAAAGAAAAAAAAAUAGAGAGAAAAGCAAAAAAAAGUAGAAGGAGGUGAGACGAAGGAUCCCUAAAACAAAACGACAAAAAAAAAUCGACGAUAAUUCUCGCUCUCUGUCGUCUCUCUCUCUCUCUCUCUCUUUCUCUUUCUCUCUUUGCAUUAUUAAUGUUAUAUAUGGGCAUAUAUUUAUUGAAUUACUUGGGGAAUGUUAAGAGAGGUGAUAUAAACACCACGAACAACAAGUCGCGACGCGCGGCCAGUGGGUUUAUUCACCGCGCGAAAAAGGGGAUCGCCUGAUCGGUGAUCGCGAUUCAAACGUUUUUUGUCGAAUUUACUUCAUUAAUAAUGACGAAUCUUUCUACACGUUCGUACAUUCUCUAUUACUAUUAUGACUUACGCAUAUAAUAAUGUAAUUUUGAUGGACGAAGAAAGAAAGAAAGCAAAGGAAAUGAGGAGUCUCUCUAUCUGCGAGAAAUCGGAUGAACACACUUUUGCCAUCUUGUUAUAUAUAUAUAAAUAUAAAUAUAAAAAAACUAUACAUAUAUGUUAUAGCAUGUAUAUGAGUGCGGGCGCGUGCGCGUGCACGAACGUGAAUACGUAUGCACUGACGACGACGAGGACGAUCAUUAAUGUUGGAAGCCGCCAAGAAUCAUUAUAACGCAUCGUUAUUCUAAUCGAACUAACGGCCGUAUCCGUUGGAACUAUCAGUCACGAAGGAAAGUCUCAGCGCUGUUCGCCAAGUUUCCGUUCCUUUCAGCGUCUCGAAGCUUUCGCGUGUUUCCGCACGUCGCGUGAAAAACGUAUCUCCAUCCACAUUGUGUAUUGUAUUUUCGCAUUUUCCGGCUCUCGUGCAAGAAACGAGAAAGAAAGAAAGAAAGAGAGAGAGAGAGAGAGAGAGAGAGAGAGAGACGACCUGAAAUUGUCGAGCGAUCGCUAAGCCGCCCGAGUGCAGCGUCGGCCGAUAACAAUGCAUCACCGAGCUGACAUGCCGUUAACUAUGAAGGUUGCGUUCGUGCGGUCGCACGCGCACCCGCGGCACCUACGCGUAUGUAUAUUGAUACAAGAUACAGAUACGAUUUAAUAUAUUACAGAUAUAUAUACUAUAUGAAGAAAUAUAUAUGUGUAUAUAUAUAAAUAAACAUAUAUAUAUAUAUAUACACAUAUGUAUAUAAAUAUAAACAUAAAGUUUUACGAUUAAGGGAUAGUUAUUUCUACUACUCUAAUUUGUCGCUUCUACGUGUGAUUGUUGUAUAAAACGAUUCAUUGAUUUGUUAUUAUUGUUAUUACACGAUUAUCAUUAACGUUAACAACUAUUACUACUAUAUUAUACGUCGUCGCUGUCGCGGAGAGGAAAACGAAAAAAAAAGAAGAAAAAAGGGAAAGCGAUCCCGCUCUCACCUUAUCUAGCGCGAAUCGACUCGCAUUCAAAUGAAGAUUCAAAGUAUAUGAUAUAUAUAUAUAUAUAUAUAUAUAUAUAUAUAUAUAUAUAGCGUGUAACGGUCUUUAUUAUAAACGUUUAUAAAUACGAGUUUACGGACGUUAACAAUAACGAUCGAAUGGCUAAAGUCGAUAUAUCCAAGAUUUUAGAUAUAUCUCCACCGUUUUUGAGAGCUCGAAGAAGCGCACGCGCGCGCGCACGCGGCGCACUACUAUUAUUAUUCUAAAUAUCAUUAUUAUUUGUAUUUGAUAGUUAAUUCGUAACCGAAGGGAUUCUUCAAACGCGCGGAGGGGGACGUGUCUCGCGAUGCUCGCGUCGGAUUUCUCGCUGAAAGUUAUCUUUCGCUCGAGAGCCUAGGUUCAGGAACUCGUUCGAAUUAAGACCGUACAAUAGAGUAUCGAAACUAUUACAUUGUAUUGACGCAAAGUGCAGGAUAACGGAUGCACGUAUCAGAAGGGAAAUUCGCGCGCCGUUCUCUGCUCGGAGAACUUUUCCCGCGUUCGUCCGGCGGAAUUUAUCUCUUCCUUUGCAAGAUAUCAACGUAAACGUCUCUCACUUUACUCUUUCGACGUAGCACGUGUGCUCUCUGGCAGUUCCCGAACGACGACGCCAAUUCUCUUCUGACACGCGUGUACAGUGGCGUGACUGACGUUUCGGAGGCCUUUUGGGAACUUUGAGGUCCUUUAUCUCUUUGCAUCCAUUUCUCUUUUCUAUUUCUUCCCCCUCUCCUAAUUUCACUCCUCCUCUGUUACUUUCCCCGCUUUCCCUUCUUUCGUCUCUUCUCUCCGUCUCUCUCGUCCUUUUUUCAAUCUCCGGAGAUCUCCGUAACGUGAAUUCGCCAACCAACGGAGUCUGCGAAAUCGUUGGUUACACCACUGGCAUAUGAUAUAUAGUGUAAAACUAUACCGUAUUAUAUGUAUAAUCUCCAGAUUUCUCACAUUCCGUAGCGGUUUGCUCAUUUCCAUCUUGGCUCGUACUGUAAUCCCUUUCUCCAAAUUUCUCCCCGCCAGUGUGUGAACGAUCCUUCGCUGCCAGUCGCGCGUCCAACGCACGAACGUUUUAACGAAGAAAGCGUGGCGAGGAAUCUCAAGCUUAAUGUGUUCGACCAUGUGUUUCGUCGUUGUGCUGUCCUUCUGGUUUGUAUAUCGAGUAUGUGAUUCGGAGCUCAUUGUACUCGUGCCUAUUUUGUGCGAGAACGGCAAGAAUCGAGGAUUAUAACGAUUGUUAUAACACGGGCUUCUCGCGAUUACGUUAGCGCGCGUUUACAAAUGCCGUAGAAUUUAGUUGCCACGCGUGGAACGACGGAUGGAUCCUUGAUAACCUUAGCCCUUGUCGAUCGAAUUCUUAAUCGGUAGCUAUCGUAUAUUCCUUGUAUUUCGGUCAAUGAUAACGAAGAGAUUUCGCACCCAGUUCGAUGGAAGAGAUAAAAACGAAACAGAGACUAUCAUUACGUGAGAAUAAGGACAGCGACUUGAAAAUAGCGCACAAGGAAACCACAUCCUCUCAUAUUUUCGAAUAUUUACGCCGAUACUACGACGAUUACUUUUUCUUGUAAAUAUAUCUUCUUCGUGAAAACUGAUCGACACGCCAUUUGUUUCAAACUAGCUUCGAACUAAUCGUAAAAACUGCUAGUUCCUCGUUUUUCAUCGUUAAAUGUAAUGCGUAUCGAUAAAGUAUCGUUGAUCGUUUUGAUUUUUGCUGUCCAGCGCGACGCAGCAAUUCUGUAGCCCGGCAUCCACGGCGCGUCUAAGAGAAAUCUACGUCACAAUCUCACAUUCGAGAACUGUAAUUCGUUGCGCGUUCAUAGAAGCGCGACGUACACCCCGAAAGAAAGAGAAUAAAAAGAAUAUAUAUACAUACA